CAUUCCUCCGCAUUGCCCAUAACCAGCUAUUUUUUCACACUUGUCUUUCUUUUUUGGAGAAUUCCUCUUCCUUUUCUGGCCUCUCCUCCCGCGCUCACGCCGCCCACCUGGAUCGUGUCUGCAUUCAUCUAUCUGUGCCGAGCCGACCCGCCACCGGGGAGAAAAGCGACCGGGCUGCACUGUGCUGUUUGGCGAUCCACGCCAUGCGUCUGUUUCUGCUGGCGGUGCUCUUCUCGUGCUCCUGCGCGCGGGCCGGCUGCGAGCCGAAGAUUGUCAACAUUGGGGCCGUUUUGAGCCAGAAGAGAUACGAGCAGAUCUUCAAAGAUGCCGUGACUCAAGCCAACCUGAUCUACGGCAGAGAUAAGUUCAAGCUGACCGCCAUCUCGGUAACGCAUAAACCCAACGCCAUCCAGAUGGCUCUGUCCGUGUGCGAGGACCUCAUCUCCAGUCAGGUCUAUGCUAUCCUGGUGAGUCACCCUCCCCAGUCCAAUGACCACCUCACUCCGACGCCUGUCUCUUACACUGCAGGCUUCUACCGCAUCCCCGUGGUGGGGCUCACCACCCGCAUGUCCAUCUACUCUGACAAGAGUAUCCAUUUGUCCUUCCUGCGGACAGUGCCCCCCUACUCCCACCAGGCCCACGUUUGGUUUGACCUGAUGCGUGAGUUUAACUGGAACCACAUCAUCCUGAUCGUGAGCGAUGACCACGAGGGGAGAGCUGCUCAAAAGAGGCUCGAGACCCUCUUGGAGGAGAGAGAAACAAAGAAUAAAAAAAGGAACUAUGAAAACCUCGACCAACUGUCCUAUGACAACAAGCGAGGACCUAAGGCAGAGAAAGUCCUCCAGUUCAGCCAGGAGACUAACUUAACUGCCCUGUUGCUGGAGGCUAAAGAGCUGGAGGCCCGAGUCAUCAUCCUGUCUGCCAGCGAGGAAGAUGCUGCUGCAGUGUACAAGGCUGCUCGCAUCCUCAACAUGACGGGCUCAGGCUACGUGUGGCUGGUGGGCGAGCGGGAGAUGACGGGUAAAGCCCUGAGUGAGGCGCCAGAUGGUCUGAUCAGCCUCCAGCUCAUCAAUGGGAAGAAUGAAUCGGCCCAUAUCAACGAUGCUGUGGCUGUGGUGGCCCAGUCCAUUCAAGAGCUCUUUGAGAAGGAGAAUAUCACAGAACCUCCAAGAGGAUGCGUGGGCAACACCAACAUAUGGAAAACAGGACCCCUUUUCAAACGGGUGCUGAUGUCAUCGAAGUAUCCAGAGGGCAUGACGGGACGUGUCGAGUUCAAUGACGAUGGAGACAGGAAGUACGCACACUACAGCAUACUCAACUACCAGAAGACACGCUUAGUUCAAGUCGGCAUUUACAAUGGAACACAGGUGGUAAUGAACAAUCAGCGGAAGAUCAUCUGGCCCGGGGGAGAGACGGAGAAACCUCAAGGCUUCCAGAUGUCCACUCGAUUAAAGAUAGUGACGAUACACCAGGAGCCAUUUGUGUACGUGAAACCCACGAUGCCGGACGGAACAUGCAAGGAGGAAAUGACAUUAAAUGGAGUCUUAAUUAAAAAGGUUAUCUGCACUGGGCCCAAUGAGACCAUCCCAGGUAACACAUCAGGACGCCCAAUUGUACCCCAGUGUUGUUAUGGAUUCUGUAUUGAUCUCCUGAUCAAGUUGGCUAUGACCAUGAACUUUACCUAUGAGGUACACCUGGUGGCUGAUGGAAAAUUUGGAACUCAGGAGCGGGUAAACAACAGUAACAAGAAGGAGUGGAAUGGCAUGAUGGGAGAGCUCUUGGGGGGUCUGGCUGACAUGAUUGUUGCCCCGCUGACUAUAAACAAUGAACGAGCCCAGUACAUCGAGUUCUCCAAACCCUUUAAAUAUCAAGGCCUCACUAUCCUUGUGAAAAAGGAAAUCCCUCGCAGUACACUGGACUCGUUUAUGCAGCCGUUCCAAAGCACGCUGUGGCUGCUGGUGGGUCUUUCGGUGCAUGUGGUGGCGGUGAUGCUUUACCUUCUAGACCGGUUCAGUCCAUUUGGAAGAUUUAAAGUAAAUAGUGAAGAAGAAGAAGAAGAUGCCCUCACCUUGUCAUCUGCCAUGUGGUUCUCCUGGGGGGUGUUGCUGAACUCUGGAAUAGGAGAAGGUGCCCCGCGUAGCUUCUCAGCGAGAAUCCUGGGCAUGGUGUGGGCUGGCUUCGCUAUGAUCAUUGUUGCUUCCUAUACUGCCAACCUGGCUGCCUUCCUGGUGCUGGACCGGCCUGAGGAGCGCAUCACUGGCAUCAAUGACCCGAGGCUGAGAAACCCAUCAGACAAGUUCAUCUACGCCACGGUAAAACAAAGCUCUGUGGACAUCUACUUCCGGCGGCAGGUGGAGCUUAGCACUAUGUACCGCCACAUGGAGAAGCACAACUAUGAGAGUGCUGCCGAGGCUAUCCAAGCUGUGCGUGACAACAAGCUGCAUGCUUUCAUCUGGGACUCUGCGGUGCUGGAGUUUGAAGCCUCGCAGAAGUGCGACCUGGUGACCACGGGAGAGCUGUUUUUCCGUUCGGGCUUUGGCAUAGGCAUGCGCAAGGACAGCCCCUGGAAACAGAAUGUGUCCCUGGCCAUUCUCAGUUCUCAUGAGAAUGGCUUCAUGGAAGACCUAGAUAAAACCUGGGUGAGAUACCAGGAGUGUGACUCAAGGAGCAAUGCCCCAGCCACACUCACCUUUGAAAACAUGGCAGGAGUCUUCAUGCUGGUCGCUGGAGGCAUUGCGGCAGGGAUCUUCCUCAUUUUCAUCGAAAUCGCUUAUAAGCGCCAUAAAGACGCCCGCAGGAAGCAGAUGCAGCUGGCCUUUGCGGCCGUCAAUGUUUGGAGGAAGAACUUGCAGGACAGUAAGGAGACCUCUGGGAGUCAAGCGGUGGCUGGGACACCCUCUUUACCCUCUUCCUCUCUAGAGACUCAGGAUGAUAGGAAAAGUGGUAGAGCAGAGCCCGACCCCAAAAAGAAAGCCUCUUUUAGGUCCAUCAGUACCACCCUGGCCUCCAGCAUCAAGAGACGUAGGUCCUCCAAAGACACGCAGUACCCACCCACUGACAUCACAGGUCAACUCAACUUGUCAGACCCGUCUGUCAGCACUGUGGUGUAAAGAGAGGGCGACGCUGAAGGUUCGCUACCCAAGGAGAGAGGAAAGGAGACGAGGAGGGGAAGAGAUGAAACAGAGGGGGAAGACUGCCAGCUCCCCUUCAUGGCCAAAGCCGAAACCACAGAGGGUUUUGGGAGGAAACUUUGUGCUGAAGAAAUGUCCAACAACACUGAACCUGCACAUUUUUUUUUUCUUUUUUUAAAGACAGAAUCACCUGGUCUUAGAUGUCUGUAGGGACCCUGAGCAUGCACAGAAUAACCCACCUGACUCACAUAUACAAUAUUUUCCUUCUGUAUAUUAUUAUGUACUUAUUUAAUCUUCUUUUGUCCUUUUACUGACAAAACCUUAAUAUUUGAUGUUUUUGGAAUAUCUGAGCAGGUUCCAAUAUCUUUUUAGUAAGCCAGGUCUAGUUUGGUUAAGUUUAGGGAUAAGUUGGUUUUGGUGCACAUAUUGCACAUGACAUAUCACUUCCAAUUAGGGCCUGGAUAACGCAGUAAAAGUUAAUAUUUCUUAAAAACAUUUAGUGCAAUACAUGAUGUACUGUAAGCCUCAAUGGAGAAGAAAUAUUUUUAUUAGGAACUGUGUUUUUAUCUACACUUUAAAGGUUUUUAGAUAAAAUCUCUUUAUUGGGAAGCACUAAUAAUAGCACUAAAAGUGAACUUAUGGCUUAAGUUGAAGAAAGCAUGUGCGUGCUUGUAUAUAAAUAAGAGCUUUAUGUAUCUAAAUAUUUGUUAUUUUGUAAGCUAUAUAGAAGAUUCUGAAAAUGUUAAAAUCAUCUUUCCCCUUUUAAUUUGCACUAACAGGCCAAAGGCACUUAUUAUGAGUAAUGACUCAAGUUUCAAUUCUUACUAAAGAUUUACUUCUUUUGAUUGCAAGAGGUAAAGAUAUAUGGAAGAUUAUAUAUUAUUCAGUAAUUUGAUUAAUUGAAGUGUUUUUUUUUUUUUAUAUAUAUACAUAUAUAUUUAGCCAUGACACAAGGCCUUUGCAUUUGGGAAAACUCUCUCUCUCUCUCUCUUCCUCUCUCCUGCAGCAGCAGUCUUUCUCAUUUCUACCAUUUAAGGGGUUGCAUCAAAGGGCCAGGUUUUUCACCCAACCAGCUCUCGGUCUUUCCUGCAAAACCCUCCCAAUCCGGAGACUUUUACAUGAAGGCACCAGAGUGACUUGAGAGCUCGCCACAGCUUGUGAGCUUGCGUGCAGAUCUUGGUUAGUUGCAAAAACAGGCCGUUUCCCAUUUUCUGGAGGUGAGAAACCACUGCUGUUUAUAAGAUCAUAUCCUCUGUGGUGUCUGGCACUACAUUGCACUUUAUGCAGAGAGGUCUCCCAAAAAAAAAAAAAAAAACAUACUGCAUUACCAACGAACUGCGACAAAACGCUGACAUAUGUUUUCAUUGCAAAGUGUUUCACAAAUUCUCUUUAUUUUACUUUAUUAUAGGAACAGUAGGAUUUACAAAGUCUUUCAAAUGUUACAUUAAAAUGACCACAGAAAAAUAUUGUUUUUUUUUUUUAGACCAAGAGGCUGCUUAGCAUACCCUCAUUUAGGCCUGUGCAUGCUUAAGUGUUAAUUCCAGUGCUUUAGUUUGUUUUGGAUGUAUGCUAUUGACAUGUACGGUUAGCUAAGCUGUAUGGAGCACUCAAAGAGAAUGAAAUGUAAAUAGAAAACAGUUUUGUGUAUGAGGAGUUAUACUGCACUUGUACUGCGACUGCAGCUGAGAAUGUCUUCGAUUAUAGUUAUAAACCCACACAGUAGUCAUGAUACACAGGCAUGCAUCCACACACACAAAUUUACACACAUGCACAUUAAAAAACCCUUAAAGGAGGAUUUACUUGUUUUUCUUACCUUUUCCAGUUGAAAUCUCGCAUUGAAUCAUUUUGUUUAUAAGACUGUAAAUAAAAUAUGCCAACAUUGCUGAAAUGAA